AUGGAGAACGCUGAAAUUCAGAGCAUCAAGCAGAUUCUUGGACUUCAGCGUGGAAAACAGUAUGACAGUGUGAAGACUUUGAGAUAUGGUCAUUUGAUGAUCAUGACUGAUCAGGUGGAUUCUAUAGUUUACCUUGUUGACGCAUACGACAAAGAGAGAUUUGCAGAGGCCAAAAAGGAGCUGGAUGCCCUUCUCUCAGACGAUUCACUUGCAAAUGUCCCGUUUCUCAUACUUGGGAACAAGAUUGACAUACCCUAUGCUGCCUCAGAGGAUGAGUCAAGAUAUUACUUGGGUUUGACUGGUGUUACUAUCGGUAAGGGUAAUGUUGACCUCGCUGACUCAAAUGUCUGUCGUAUUGAGGUCUUCAUGUGCAGUAUCGCGCGCAAGAUGGGAUAUGGCGAUGGCUUUAAGUGGCUUUCCCAAUACAUUAAGUAG